CUUCCUGCAGCCAUGCUGGUCUUCUUGCGGAGAAGUUUCUUUUUGAUUUCGCUGCUAGUCCUUCUUCACCCUAUAGCAGCUUCUUUGACUGAACAUGAUGAUCUCCAAGCUGCUGAGUUUGUUGAGAUUUCGCAGGUGGAGGUUCAGGAGCAGGUGCAGAGGUCCGAGAACAUGUGCAUCUCCAUGAUGUUGCUGGGAUGCAUGACCUUUAUGAUGUCAAACUUCUACUUGGUGAACCAUCACGAUGAGGACAUCCGAAGAAUUUCUUGGGAGGUCAUCAGUUCGACGGUUUCAAUUUUCUCAGCCGUGCUUCUUUUCCAGGCUUGCAAUAAAGUCUUGGAGUAUUACGUCCUCGAGGGCAUGUGGAUCUGGUAUCAGCUUCUUGUCGACAUGGCGCACAUGCUUCUGUGGUUCGUAGCUCUUCAAGUGGUGCUGGCAUAUCUGUCUGGCGCCAUGGGUGAGCAUAUCGAGGUUUCCAGUACACGAAAUUCUUUGAAUUCGGCUUCAGCUGCAACCCCAAUACGGAGAAUGGCACGAGUGGACUCUGCGAAUAUGCACAUGGAGGCUGUGAAGAUCAACACCGUCUGCUGGGCCACCCUUCUGGGACAUGUGACUGGCUUUGCAGCCAUCAAUGCUUGGGGCACACUGCAGCAGGCAGCUCCCCGAAUUUUGCCGUGCAGCUUCCUUGUACCUGCGUUGGCCUUUGCUGGUAUUUUCUGUAUUUACCAAGCAACUGAGAAGCUGCGCAAGAAAUGGACGGACAUGGAUGGGGAGGAGGAUGAGUUUGAAAAGCUUUGGGCAGAGGAAGUGGCAGAGACAGAAGAUGAUGUGAUGUCGCUUGCAGUAUCAUUCCUGCUUGUCCAGGCUUUGCGUUUCCUGAUUUCUGGCCACCUUCCAGAUACUGAGGGGAACGAUCCGCCUGGGCUCAAACAAUCCAAUCUUUCUUGCGAACUGCUUUUUCUGGCAGCUUUGGCUUUCGGGUGUUUUGACGUCGUGCAGAUCUCCGUGCGCAAGUGCUUCGAGUCUGGAAGCAAUGGACAAGAAGAUGGAGAUGUAGCUGAUCGAGUUGCUGGAGACGUAGAAGCCACUCCAGCUUCACAGACUUCACGGAGAAGCCACUCUUUCAACCCUUUGGACAAGGAGCAUCGUUGGUCAACAUGGGGCCGCGACAUUUUUGCAAUGAGUACAGCCUGGUGCUUGCACUUCGCCGUGGACUGGUGCCUCUCUGCGAACCUCAACUGGGACGGGGCUUUGCUGGCAGUUUUAUGCGCAUUAGUAGUCACAUUCUUGGCAAUAAUUUUUGUCCUUGACAAGCUGGCCGACAUGGAUUUCACUGAUGAUGAAGUUGACUCCUCUCUGCGUGCCUUGAUUCAGUCGUUGGGGAUUUUGAUUGGCUUUUCUUGGGAACGAAGCUUUGACGAAGCUGUGGGAGGUCUGGCAGAAGGCCAUGUGCUGGGUCUGCCUCCCCCUGUGCUUACGUUGCUGUUGGCCCUUGGUUUGGCAGGGGCGGUUAUGCCCGCGUGGAAGUGGUACAUCCUCCCGGUUGUGGAGUCUCAAAAGGAGGAGACGCACAAGCGUCAUGAAGAACACAUUCAGGCAGCCGUUUCAUCAAAUGAGCUGAAACUUCCACUCCUCAAGGAGGAGACGCACGAGCGUCAUGAAGAACACAUUCAGGCAGCCGUUUCAUCAAAUGAGCUGAAACUUCCACUCCUCAAGGAUUCUUCCGUGCAAGAAGACGGAAGGAAAAAGGCAGAGGCAAAUUCUGCAGUUGCAGACCUUCAGAAGCGCUUGAAGGCUGCGAAUCAAACCAUUGAAGAUAUGAAGACGAAGCUGGCUGCGAAAGAUCUUGAAGGGAGGGAGGCUGAAAAGCGCUACUCCGAACUGGAGUCCGCACUAGCAAUUGCCAAGAAAGGAGCAAUCGAGGAAGCCAAAGCGAUGUCACAGCUGCAGACAGAGCUCCAGGAAAAGGAGGAACGGUUACAGGAGUACGUGGUCAAACUGAAAUCCUCAGAGGAUUCCGUCAAAACGGCCUCAGAUGAAUUGGCGAGACUCAGAAAUCUGCAAGGUGCUGCAGAAUCCGCUCUUCUUCACCAAGCAAAGGUAGAGAAUGCAGACCUUGGCCAGAAAGUGAGCCAGCUACAAGAGGAGUUGAUCAAGGUUCGGGCUGCUGCUGAGCAAAGCAAGGCUUUGGGCAGUUUGUUUGAAGAGAAGGCCAAGGAAGAGGCUGGCCGGAGUGCAAAGCUGGAGGAACAGCUGCGCAACUGCAACUCAAAGCUCAACGAACUUCAGGCCGAAAAGAAUGCAGAACUUGACCGCAUGGCAGCCAUUGCUACAGACACUGAAUUUCGUUUGAGGCAAGUCCAGGCCACAGCUGAAGAGGAGCAGGCGUCGUCAAAGGUCACUGCUAGCAACUUGAAGGUGUCGCUGGCCAAGGCCAACGAGAAGGCGGACAACACCAUCAGUCAGCUCGCAGCGAUCGAAAAGGAGAAUCAAACCUUGCGGGAAGAGGUGACCCGGCUCCGCGCAAGCCAGUCAACCCCUCUCAUGGCGACAGCGCCUGCAGCUCCUUGCAGGGGGCAUUUGACACCCCAGCCCGGUUAUGGGGCAGGACAGUGGUCAGCACCGUUUGCAGCACAGGAGAUGCGGUCUCCGCCAGUAACAGUGCAACGCCAGGCUUCAGUACCACAAUCACAACAACCGCAAACCUUCCAGCCGGCUGCCUUUGCAUCUCCUGCAUUGAGACUUGCACAGUCUGCAGCUACUCCCAGUACACGACCGGUGCAGAGCGUGCAACAGGGCUACUUUCCUGGGAUUCCUGAUCGUGACCAAGGAAGACUCUUUGUGGCGCAGGAACCAACCAGGCUCUGAAGAGUGCAUAGACUUGGCAUAGACAUCGUGAGGGGAAGAGUGUCGCAGUGAUCCAGCCUUUUUGGCCGUCAGGGUGACUCUUUGUCGAGGAGCCAACUCACCAGGCCAGUUCAGGCACAGUGCGACACAAGGCAGACCGAAUAUGUGAUUUACUGCUGCCGAUGAACCAGCACGGUGCCGAAGGUACCGAAUCGUUUGUAGUUUCUGCUGUUCCGCAUCGCAAGGAUGAUAAGUCGAAUACACCAGCUGCCGAAAUUGCCAGCAGUUUGCUUUCACAGCAUUCGAAUCCAGUCUCUUAGUAUAGUGCCGGCAAAGUUUCCAGAUUUUCCUACCUGGAUUUUCUAUCUGGAAACACGUCCAGAAUCGGCUCUGUCGCUUUCAAAGACCCCUUGCGAACAAUGGCGGCAAAAAAACGCAGCAAUCAGCCGGCAGUGAAGAAAGAC